UGCGCAUGUACGCUAUUGGUGCAAGUAUCAAGAUCGAAGGGAAAUUUUAGGAUAGAGAAGUUUCUAUAGUAUCUGUUACGUCAUUGAUGUGUUGUCCGGUUUCGUGAGCGGUUCGGCACCAGCUUGGUACAGUGUAAGCAAAGAAAAACGGAGAUGAAGUUAUGAUAUUAAAUGUUGGCUGUUGGAAGAUAAAAACGAAUGGAAUAAUCAGAAUUUAUCGGAAAGAUCGGAAAAGAUAAAACGGUCAAUAUGGGUCUCAAAGACUUCCGGAUAGUGUUUGAUAAUCAAUGGAGCACGUAUUAUCCUGGGCAAACGGUGACGGGUAACAUCAUCCUUGUUCUGGAUAGUGUGAAGAAAAUUCGCGGUAUAAGUGUGAAAAUAAAAGGUGAAGCAAAUACUAAUUGGUCAACGGUUAAACAAGAAAUGGAUGAAAAAGGACAAUAUACAGAUGAGACUCACACUGUUACAGCACAUGAAAGUUAUUUCGAAACAAAAUAUUAUUUGGUUGGAUCAGCCUCGGGUGGAGAAAUAGAGAUACAAUCGGGAGAACAUAAAUUUCCAUUCAAUUCUUCUUUACCAAUGAAUUUACCGAGUAGUUUUGAAUCGGAUUUUGGACAUGUUCGUUAUACUGUCAAGGCUACAUUAGAUCGACCUUGGAAAUUUGAUCAAGAUGUUAAGAGUCCUUUUACAGUUAUCGCCCCUUUGGAUUUAAAUCAGGAACCAAGAGCAGCUGAACCUGUGCGGCAAGAAAUGAGUAAGACAUUUUGUUGCUUAUGUUGUGGCUCACCACCCUUGACCGUAAACUUUUCGCUACCAGUUCGCGGAUACGUGCCCGGCCAAUUGAUGCCAAUCAUGAUAAAUGUAGAGAAUUUAUCGAAUGUCGUUGUAAACACCGUCAAACUAGUACUCUGUAAGGUUGUGACUUUCCACGCUACCACACCACACACAGAUACUAAAACAGAGGAAAUCGUGGUGAAAGAGAUCAGUAAAGGACCAGUCGAGGCUGGUGAAACUGUUAAUUAUGAGCAACAUUUAGACAUUCCGCCUCUUCCACCAUCAAAUCUCACUAAUUGUCACAUCAUCGAUCUCGAAUAUAAUUUGAAAGUGGAAGCCUGCGUUGAAGGAUGGUAUCAUCGAAACCUAUCUGUCAAUAUGCUUAUCUUCGUGGGAACGAUUCCACUCACAAUUUAUCAUGUUCCAAGUGCUCCACCAGUAGGAAUGGAUGGCGAAUCAAUGAAACCACAAGUUGGUUUUGUCAUACCUUCAGCAAACACUGCAUUGCCUCCAUUGCCGGAAUCUCAUUUAUAUCCAAACUUACCUCCGCCGUCGUUUGAGGAAUCGUCAUAUGGCGCCAGAAAUCUUCAUGAGCGCGGAGAAUCAGAACAUGUUUAUGGUUUGACUAAUCAUUUUGCACCAAGAUAUCCUGUAUAUAAUUUUGCAUCUACACAGCAAUAAAAGAACGGGGGAAUUGCUGUGUUGAGAUUAGUUUUUCAAAAUUAUAGGCACGCAUACUUUGCUUUUUUGGUGAUAUAAAUUUUUAAUACAUAUAAUAUUGCAAAGUAUUCGUACUAAUUUUAAAAAAAUACUCUUAGCAAACGCAUAAAUUAAAAAAUAUAUAACUUUUAAUCACAUAUGCAAAACGAACCAAUGAAAGUGUUUUUCGCAUUUAUAUUUUUUUACAUGAAUUUCUAAUAGUCAAAGAAUAUCACGCGCGCAUAUGUAUAAACGCGUACAUCGGUAUUGUAUAGAAUAUAUUUAU